AAUUCGUACCCUGGCGGCGGCGGCGGCGGCUUGCUUGCGGUUUCGUGCGGUAACUCAGCGCGUGUAUAAGUGCACUCGUGUUGUUCCUCGCAUCCGUGGGCGCGUGAUGGUUGCAUUUUUUCCCGAAUGGCUUUUAUCGAAGUAAGUACCGCCGGCGAGAGCAGUAUUUAGCGAGCACUUCCAGCGCGCGCACUGCAAAAAGCGCCUUUUCUUAUUCCUCCUCUCUUCUUCGCUGCGGAAUUUCUAAUCGCAGAAUCACUGACGCAUAUCGCAAGCGAUGGAGACCUUGAAGAGGCCUACCGUUGAAGAAGAGUUCAAGAGGAAUCCCGAACUCACCGAGGACGACAUGCAGCAUCUCCGGGAUUGGAUAAAAAAGCAGCCCCACUACCCCAACGCGAUCAGCGACGAAGACAUCGUCCUCUUUCUCCACAGCAAUUAUUACAGGAUGGAGCCGACGAAAGCUACGAUCGAGAAUUUUCUGACCUGCAGAACACACGUCCCCGAGUUUUUCAGCAACAGAGAUCCCAUCGGCUGCAAGGAGCUCCGAACUGCUAUGGGCACCGUGUGCAUGCUGCCACUGGAGCAGAGGACACCCGAGGGCUACGGGGUGCUUUACACGCGGCUGAUAAACUUCGAGGUGGAGCGAUUCUUCUAUUACGACACUAUGCGCCUCUUCAACAUGAUAGCCGAUCUGUGGGUCCUGCAACACGGAACGAUGAAGGGCCACAUCCUGAUAUGCGACAUCCAAGGCGUGACGAUGUCCCACGUUCUGCGCAUCCCUCCGAUCGGCGUGAAGAAGUUCCUCUACUAUCUCCAGGAAGCCGCUCCGAUCAGACUCAAGGCUCUGCACUAUCUGAACACCAGCUCGGUCAUGGAUUUCAUUCUGGGACUUAUGAAGCCCUUCAUGAAGAAGGAGUUGAUGGAUAUGCUCCAUCUUCACCCCUCGGUGGAAAGCAUGAAGAAGCACAUGCCCACCGAGAUUCUGCCGAACGAGGCAGGCGGCAAGGCCGGAGCGACCUCCGAACUCUACGAGAAAGUCUUGAAAAACCUCGAGGAUCAUCGCCAGUACUUUCUGGCCGAGGAGAAGGAGACGCGAGUCGACGAGUCGCUACGCCCUGGUAAAGCCAAGUCCGUCAACGACCUCUUUGGCAUCGAGGGCAGUUUUAAGAAGCUCGACAUCGAUUGAUCUCUGCGCGGUGCUGCGGAAGAGCAACAAACUUUACAAGAAUGACUUUCAAAUAAACUAAAGAUCCUUCAGAAUGUCAUUGCUUUCUGUAAGAAAUACGCAAAUAAAAAAUCUUAUCCAACGAU